UCGUUUAGGUUUCUUUUCGGCUCUAAUUGCACAGCGUCUUAUCAUAAUUUAUCAAAACAUACUUAUUUUACCAGCACUGUUUAUAACAUCAAAAAAAAAAUCAUAAAACAUGUCUGCGGAAAAGAGGCCGGCCAGCCCGGAGAAAGCAGAGGAAUCUGAAGAUGCCGACGCCUGGAUCGGUCCUAUGCCUUCAGAGGCGGCUGUACCCAAACAUAAGAAAAGAAAAGUUCUAGAGUUUGAAUCCUUGUAUUUGGAGAACCUGCCAUCCUCGGAGACCUACGAGCGGAGUUACAUGCACAGAGAUGUGGUCUCGCAUGUGGUUGUCACCAAAACAGACUUCAUUGUCACAGCCAGUCAAGAUGGACACCUCAAAUUUUGGAAGAAACAGGAGGAGGGCAUAGAGUUUGUAAAGCAUUUCCGCUGCCACCUCUCCACCAUUAGUGACAUUGCAGCCAACAGCACUGGAUCCCUGCUGUGCACCGCAUCUCCGGAGAAGACGCUCAAAGUCUUUGAUGUUGUCAAUUUUGACAUGAUCAACAUGUUCACAGUGGAGUUUGAACCGUACCGAGUGGAGUGGGUGCAUUCUGCCGGCGACCCGAUAUCAGCAUUGGCAGUUUCAGAGAAAGGCAGUAACAAGAUCCACAUAUUCGACGGCACACAAGCCUCAGGCGCCCCCCUCCACACGUUCGAGACCCUCCACCAAAGCACAGUGGCCACCAUCUGUUACAACCCAGUGUACGAAACAGCGGUGUCCGUCGACAAAGCUGGUAUAGUGGAAUACUGGACCGGGCCGAAGCACGAAUACAAGUUCCCUAAGAACGUCGAGUUCGACUCUAAGCUGGACACGGACCUGUUCGACUUCGUGAAGAACAAGACCUAUCCGACGUCGGUGGCCUUCUCGCCGGACGGGAAGAAGAUGGCCUCCAUCAGCCUGGAUAGGAAGGUGCGUGUGUUCAAUUUCGUGUCAGGCCGGCUGAGCAAGGUGCUGGACGAGAGCCUGCAGCGCUUCCAGGAGCUGCAGCACCAGCACCAGCAGCUGCCCAACAUGGAGUUCGGACGCAGAAUGGCUACUGAGCGAGACCUGGAAAAAUCCGACUCUGUCCACUACGCGAACAUAACCUUCGACGCGAGCGGCCAUUUUGUUCUGUACGCCACCAUGCUAGGCGUGAAGAUCGUCAACCUGGUCACCAACCGUUGCGUCACCAUGCUGGGCAAGCCGGAGAACCUUAGGCCGUUGCACUUAGCUCUAUUUCAGGGUCGAACCAACCAAUCAAAAGUGGCCUCAACCCUCGAGAUGGAGGGCUCAGAGAACCCCACCCUCCUCAAUAUCAAGACGGACCCGACGUUAUUCUGCACGGCCUACAAGAAGAACCGCUUCUACAUGUUUUCUAGAAGAAGUCCCGAUGAUAUCAAGAGUCCGGAUGCUGACAGAGACAUAUUUAAUGAAAAGCCGUCGAAGGAAGACAUCAUUUCGGCGACGGAAGGGCAAGGCGUCCAACGCAUAUACGAGCAGGCCAUCCUGCACACGUCGCUGGGCGACAUUCACAUCCGUCUGUUCGGCAAGGACACGCCGCGAGCCGCCGAGAACUUCUGCGUGCACGCCAGGAACGGGUACUACAACGGGCACAUCUUCCACCGCGUCAUCAAAGGAUUCAUGGUGCAGACGGGGGACCCUACAGGCACCGGCACUGGCGGUGAGAGCAUCUGGGGCGGCGAGUUCGCGGACGAGUUCAAGCCUCACUUGAAACACGAUCGACCUUACACGGUCAGCAUGGCGAAUGCCGGACCCAACACUAACGGCAGCCAGUUCUUCAUUACUUUGGCGCCAACGCCGUGGUUAGACAACAAGCACACAGUAUUCGGCCGCGUAGUCCGCGGCAUGGAGGUCGUACAGAACAUCGGACAGGCGAAAACCAACCCCAAGACUGACAAGCCAUAUGACGACAUUCGACUAGUAUCCGUCACUGUCAAGUAACUGUCAAUGUCUUAAUGUAGCAGGGAGUACGGAACAUCGGCCAGGCUAAAACCAACCCCAAGACUGACAAGCCCUACGACGACAUACGACUCAUCUCCGUCACUGUCAAAUAACUGUCAAUGUCAUUAAUGUAGUAGGGAGUACGGAACAUCGGCCAGGCCAAAACCAACCCUAAGGCCGACAAGCCAUAUGACGACAUUCGCCUAGUAUCCGUCACUGUCAAGUAACUGUCAAUGUCUUAAUGUAACAGGGAGUACGGUACAUCGGCCAGGCCAAAACCAACCCCAAGACCUACGACUGGUAGACCCAAGACUUACUGUCAAGUAACUAGAGAAUGUAUAGGGCCGGUUGCACCAAACUGUCUUGUCACCGUUAAAGCGUUCGCUAAAUUUUAUUGCAUGGGUUUCAUACUUUACUGUUGUUUGACGUUAAUCGGUCUGUUAAAAUAAAUGUGGUUGGUGCAACUGGGCCAUAGUGUAGUGUGGGUGAUCAGCGAAUCAUAGCUAGUAAGUAGUAUGACGUUAGUAAAUUUAGUAUGUGACGAACGAGGCCCAUGGCUUUCAUCAUAUCAUAAUAUCAAUAAGGUAUCAGUCAUUACGUAGACUAUUUGCCCGAUGUUUAAUUUACCAAAAUUUCAUACUUAUAUGUCGAAUCUAACAUGUUAUCUUGUACAACUUUGGAAACAUAGGGUAAAUCGUCUAUUACUGGCCACCUUCCAAUAACUGACGCCGGUUCGAAUCCGGCCUCCCGUAAUGGAGGUCUUCGUCACGUUUUCUUUAUUAGGUAUACCUAAUUUAUUAUACAUUUAUUUUAAAUUAAUUAUUAUGGUAAAAUAUUCAUUCGGACAAAUGAGGUUUCGGUGAUCGAUAUCUCUCAGAAGUAUUUUCCGGAUCAUACAUAGGUAAUGAGCGUGCGCGCAUGCGACGGUUGUCGCAGUAACAACUUUCUAUAAACGGUACGCAGCGACCGCAACAUUUGUUACAUAAGCAAAGAUGCAUUGAGUGUUCAAGAUGAGUAAAGCCUUAGACAGAUUUGAAUUCCGAAUUAGACAGCUAAUGUAGAUAGCGCUGUUCGGCUCCGCCUGUAAGUACAUUAUGCGGUAACUCGCCUGUCAAAAGUUGACGUUUGACUUAAGCUAUCAUCGCUUUUGUUUAGUGGGACUUCUGUACGAAAUAAGAUUAACUAUUCUGUGACUACAUUGUAAAUAUUAUUGUUAAUAUUAUUUAGGUAUUUUAGGUUUACAUUUACCUCAAUUCGUGUGUAAGUACAACAAUUUGUCAAUAUUUUAGAUAUCUUCAUUAAACUAGGCUAGACCUGACUAGUUUAAAUUUAUUAGAUCGUAUUUGUGACUGUGAAUUACUGUUGUGAAAUGUGUUUUAGAUGAAAUUUUAAAUAAAUAGAUAAUAAACAAAUUUCUAUUUUAUGAUACAA